AUGAUUUUAAUACCGGGCUAUAAUCCAGGGUAAUUAACACUACAAGGAACAAAUACCUACCUAAUGGGAACAGGCAAGAAAAGAAUCCUCAUAGACACAGGUGAAGGCAAGGAAUAGUACAAAAUACACUUGAAACAAAUUUUAGAACAAGAAUAAUGUGAAAUUUCAAUUGUUCUUAUAACUCAUCAUCACUUGGAUCACAUCCUAGGAAUACCGUAGGUGCUUGAAUUGUGUCCAGAUGCCAAAGUCUACAAAGGCUUAGAUCAUAAUCUGGAAAAUGAUAAGCUUUAUCCUUUCCUCCCACUUUAGGACGGAUAGAUUUUCUAAGUAGAAAAUUGCAUCAUCACAGCAAUCUCAUUGCCUGGACAUUGUGUUGAUCAUUUUGGAUUCAUAACUUAGAGUUCAGAAUGGUUUUCAGGUGAUUGUUUGUUGGGAGGUUCAUCUUGUUACAUCGAAAAUUUGAAAUAGUAUUUCUAAAGUAUGGAAAAAGUAGAAAAAAUGAAAAUCAACACUAUCCACCCAGGUCACGGAUACUCAAUAGUAGAAGGAGCUCAAGAAACUAUUUAGAAACAAGUUUAGCAUAGAAAGAACAGAGAAUAACAGAUCUAUUAAGUAAUAAAUGGAUAAUCUGUUGAUGAAAAUAGUGUUAGCUGUCUAUCCAGAUGUGAAUGA